AUGUCCUCUCCUUCCCUCCCCAUGCCCUCUCUCCCCCCCAGCCCUCUGGCCAUGGAGUACCUAAACGACUUUGACCUCCUCAAGUUUGAGGUAAAACCUGACACUCCUCCGCUCCCUCCUCCAUGUUCGUAUCCUAAAUCUGGCCUCCCCCAUGACCCCUCCAGCUCUCCGUACACCAGCCACCCUCCGCAGGACUCUAGUUUGAGCUCCAGCCCUUACAACUCGCUACCACCCUCGCCGACUCUCAGUGAUGCCCACCCGCCACCUUCAGGCUCUUCCUCCCUCUCUUCAUCGUCCUCGUCCAUCUCCUUCCCCCUCUCUAUCUCCAACAGCUUCACAUCCGGCAUCAGCUCCGGCUCUCAGGGGAACGUGGAAGGCAGCCCGGCCCACGGUGGGCCUCAGGGUCCCACCCCAGCCUCCCUUGAGGACUUGAUCUGGCUGGCUGCACUGCAGCAACAGUUUGGAGGUGAGGUGACAGGGCCCGCCACUUUGCUGGGAGCCUUGGGAGGAGUGCCAGAGCGAGGGGACAGAGAGAGGGGGCCGGUCAAUGGCUUUCUAGGCUGUGAGGAUGCUGUGGAGGCGUUACUGAACUCAGCUGCUGCAGCUGUCAGCUCGCAGUUCCCAGGUCUUUCUCAGAGUUCAAGCAGCAACCUUGGAGACUCGAGCAGCGACAGUGGAGGAGACAUCUCCUGCGCUAAAGGGACAGACAUGUGCCAUCGCCCGCUUGUCUUCCUCUCCUCUGCCCCGCCUUCGCUUCCCAACGCCACCCCUGCCUCGGCUCCCUACCCGCAACCCCUCAGCCCCCAGGGCCGCCUUCAUCACCACCAGCAUCAUCAUCAUCAGCACCACCCGCACCACCCCAUGCAUGGCAGCCAUCAUCAUCAUCACCACCCACAAAUGAGUCAGGUACACGGAUGCGGGGUGAACGAACGCUUCUCUGAUGAGCAGCUGGUGAGCCUGUCGGUGCGGGAGCUAAACCGACACCUGCGUGGAGUGAGUAAGGAUGAGGUGGUGCGCUUGAAGCAGAAACGCCGCACGUUAAAGAACCGUGGCUAUGCGCAGUCCUGCCGCUACAAGCGCUUACAGCACCGCCACGCUCUGGAGUCAGAGAAACAUGUGCUCACACAACAGUUGGAACAGCUACAGUGUGAGCUGACUCGAGUGCUGCGGGAGAGAGACGCCUACAAGGCUCGUUACGAGAAGCUCCUCAGCACAAAUCAUAGCAUCGGUGGCGGCGACGCCCCACCGACCCGCACCAGCAACCCACCUUCCCCGCCCCCUGACUACUUCCUCUGA